AUGCUAGAAGCAAAUGAGAAAUUUUUAUCUGCGCAAAGUAUGAGCCUGCAGCAGCAAAGAGAAGCUAUUCAAGAAGAAUUUGAGCCAGAAAUUGACAGGUCUGGGCCUCAUAUUACCAAUAUUAGUGAAGAUUAUUUGCUUUCUGGAAAAAUUGUAUAUAAUUUUGAUAAUGUACCAUUGGUUGUGGGUAGGAAAAUUGGAAACCCAAAGCCUUAAACUUAAAACUUAACUAAGAUUGUAAGAGAAGCUCCCUGCAGAUCUACUAGCGGACCAUAUUCACCUCUGUGCAGCUCCCCCGCUUGCUUACCAGCCUCUUAUUGCAUUGCUCCUCACGUACGAGGGGUUUGCAUUCGUUAUCCGUGAGUUAGAAGCGCUAGUUCGCCAUACUUUGUGUCAGUAUGAUUCAGUUUCCAGAAAAACAAAUUUUCUGGUCACUAUCGACCAACAUGGAAACUCGUAGCCCAAAACUUAAUACCUGGUAUCGAGCUGAGAAAAAGGCUCGAAUGAUAAGAAGCAACCUCACUGGUUCUCUCUUUCCUAUUAAAGUCCCAUCUUCCUCGGAGAUAACCUGUCCUGAAUGUACUGCAGGCAUCCUAAUCUGACGUUUAUGCUCCACAAAACCAUGCAACACCUGGCUAAUACGCAUUAUCGAACUCUACGUUCCCUUCUACGAGGUUACUGGGCUACCCCAGCCCCUGUGCCAACAGAGCGGGUUGGCGAAAAUGCUAUUUUAAAAUAUAUAUAAAAACCCUAAGCCAGAUAUAAUUAUUGCGAAUUUUAGUGUUAGACCGAGGCAUUGUAUUUUUAAUAAAGAUGAAAAUGAAAAUAUCACGUCGGAACCUAUAGAACCCUCUUGUAGUGAAUUUUUAUAUGUAAACGGUCAAAAAGUUUAUGAAAAAGUUAUUCUUAAGCACCUGGACAGAAUCAUUAUAGGGACAAAUCAAAUUUACUUAUUCAAAAGACCUGGAGAAGACUCAAAAUACAAAGAAAAUGAUAUUGACUAUGAAUUUGCAAUUGAGGAAAAAAACGAAUCUCAACAAUUAGAGCUGGAAAAAGAAAUAUCAAAACUGCCUCCACGGCCUCCAUCCCCAAUCCUAAUAAAUACUGCUUCAAUUCCUCAUGAAGAGUCUAAAAAGCGCAGUGUAACUGAGCCAGAAGCCCACCCUGAAAACCAUGAAAAUUCAGCUGAGCCUCCACAAGAGCAUGCUUCAGCCCUUGAAGUCCCUCCAGAGCUUGAGCCAAACAGUAAAAAACGCCAGCUUCGAUCCCGGUUUGCCAAACUUUUCCCACUUGUAAACGAAGCCAAUUUAAUAGCGACAGAUUUAAGCCGACAUGUAAAAUUCAAUGUAAAAAUCAUCAAUCUUCUUCCUGAUGAGGUCGAAAAAGAAGAAGAUUUGGAGCCUGAUUAUUGGGAAAAAGAACUUAAAGUCGAAGUAUACUUAAUUAAAAUAUAAUGGCUAAAUUGUAGAUUUUUUAUUAAAAUAAUCCAAAUAGAUGAAAAACAUUUUAAUUGGUUUUACAAAACCAAGAUUACGGCUUAAUUUGGCUAUGGGAUGUAGAAAAAUUCGAAGAUAGGCUUUGCAUGCUCAGAGAAAUGCUAGACGAGCAAACUGACCCUUCACCUGAAGAAGAUCCACUAUGGGAUCCUCCAGAAGAAAAUAUACUUGGAAAAGGCUAUUAUUCUUUAAAACCCCUUGGGCUGUUAUUUGAUAACCCUUUUAACAUUCUUAUAAUUAGUACAAGCGGAGGAGACGCAGGACUUCUUAAAAUGAACAUUGUCCCUACAGACGAAGAUGGCAGCAUGCUAGAUGAAGGCCCAGAAAACCCUGAAGAACUUAUUGGAUCCCUCAUAAAUUUCCGUGUCGAAAUCCAUGAGGCUUGGAAUAUUCCUUUAUCCCACGCAAAUAACGUGUAUUGUGAGUACCACUUCCCAGGCCUUGGGAUACGUAGAACUAAUGUGUUUCCUGGCUAUUCAGAACACCCUAAUUUUAACUAUAAGGAACAAUUUACUAGUGUCCUCGUAGACGAUUUCUUGUGCAAUUAUAUGCAAACUAAAAAGUUAUACUCAUUUUUUUGAGGAUUUUUAAUAGGAAAAUAGUUAAUCUGAGAUGAGGAAAAUUAUGGGAAAAUAGCAUAGCAAUUUCGGUGUUUGGGACUGGAAUGGCUAUGAAGGAAGAAACACAAAAAAUUCAGAGUCAGAAGCCGACCUAUAAGAGCACGCCUGCGAAAGCACCGUGCGUGGAUAAUGUUAUGAAAAAUACUGCUAGGAAUAUGAGUAACUUGCCUAUAAAUGAGGGAGAAGUAGUUCUUAAGAGGACGGCGAUAACGAGGAGUGUGAGAAGCCUGGGAAGCUCUAAAGUUUCUGGUAAAAAACCUAAGGUCGAAAAAGAGAAAGAAAAAUGCUUUAUAUUUUAG